AUGGCUAAUCCAAUAAAGUAUAUAAUACUUGCAUAUUGAUUGUAAUAAAAUAGUUUCUCUUUAAAUAAGUUUGUUUACUUUGCUUUCCAGAUUGUGACGCCUGUAUGAAGUACUGAAGUUACACCUGAGCUUACUUACCGCAUCCUCUCAGCUUCAUCAACAACACAUUACAACAUCACAUUGACCAGAAACACUAUGCCCCAGCCUGUAGUUUAUAAUCUAGUGUCUGUUAAUUUUAGUAAAGAUACGUAAUUCACAUGAUAUCGAUUUUGCCGCGAUAAUCGUUAGCGGCUACGUCACGCUGCACGUGGAGUCAUAGAAAUAUUACAAUUAUGGGAUGUAAGCAGUCUGCGCCUGAAACCAAUACGAGGUCACUAACAGCAGAGGCGGCAAUGGCGGAUAAGUUACCUGAGCCUGCUCCGCCAGAUCCCACGGAUCCUAGACUACCACUGGAUCCUAGACAAGUAUUCAAGCUUAAAAAGUCAUGGAAGGGUAUCAAAAGGUGUAUGGAAUCCACAGGAGUCGAGAUGUUCAUAAGAAUGUUCCGUUCCAACACUGACAUUAAAAGACUGUUCGCAAAGUUUGCUCAUCUGAAGACAGAAGAAGAAAUGAGAGUGGACGAGGUUCUCGAGAAGCACGCUACUACUGUCAUGGCGACUGUAGACGAAGCAAUGAACAAUAUUGACAAUGUAGAUUUCGUGUUAACCUUACUUAAACACCGUGGAAAUUAUCACAAGAAGAUUCCGGGAUUUACGUCAGACUUGUUCUGGGCCAUUGAAGUACCGUUCCUGGAGGCUGUAAAAAUAACCCUUGGAGACCGGUACAGUGAUAACAUGGACAGAAUCUACAGGAUAACAAUCAAGUUUGUUCUGAAAACGCUGGUAGAGGGAUACGACACGUCUAAUGCCGUGUCAUGAGGUCACGUGAUGAUGACCAUGUCUGCUGCGGACGUACAUCGUGCCAACAUGGUAAUAGACAAGGAUGAGAUGAUAGGGGAUCUCCCACGAUUUCACCGGAAAUUUACCGGAAAUUUGGCCUGCUGGCACGUGUAACGUAUGGCUCGGGUUGGCUUUUGUGGAUCGGUACGUACGAUGCUAAAUAAGUGAUGUGGGUACAAACAACCCGCUAGGUGGCAGCAGGAGGCUGGCCUGUCCUCCUAUUGUACAGAUAAAGGAGUAUAGUGUUAGAGUGACGGGCCGAGAGAGGAUGUUAGGCCAUACCAAGGAAGUUAAACGUCCAUGGAUGUUCGGGAACUGGUGUCAAUGUGUAAAAGAUAGAGUGACAGUGUGAUGAGGUGCGGAUACAUAUGUAAGACAUUAAAUAUGCCUAUAUGUUUUAUGUGGUAGAUGUGUAGAUUCAAUACAUCACAUGUGUGCUACGUUAUAUGUGACACACAGAGUUGGAGUUUAUGUACGUUGUGCGAACAGUAGUGGAUGUGGAAUCACGUCACAUUGUGUAAUUAAAGAAACAUUCUGAAUUGAAAGCAUUAAUUGAAAUUGAAUUAAUCAUUAUAUAUACAAAUCGGUGAAUAAUAUAUUUGCGGCAAGUUGGCAGCAUCCAACUACCCUCGCAACCUCUUCACAACAACCUCGAUAGUUUCGGCUCCCACAGACUUCUAUUAGGCAUCAUCCAUAAGCCUUAUAACAAAGUUCAAAUCCCCUGCAAAUACGGUUGACGUCAUAACUCUUUAUUAAGUCAAAAGCCAGUAUUAAAUUUGUGCAUUUUUUACAAUGGAAAUUUGACCUAGAAAAAGAGAAAUUGUAUAAUGUACAUCAUUGAGAAAUAGGGAUUUAGAACAAGGAAGCCACUUUAAUCCCACGGCGUCAUAAUGCUGUAUUGAUUUUUGAAGAUAAGAACCGAGUAAUACGUACCAUGUGUCGUAACCAAGGGCUGAUAUAAUGUACAACGUAACAAUAAUUGAAUGGCCCAUUAUAAAUGCUGCUUGAAUCGGGUUAAAAGGGAGAUCGGUAUUUCGUAGCAAUAGCGAAAUAUUUUUAUAUUUAUAUGGAAUUUACCCCAUUCAGAAAUAACUACAAAGCAGGUUAUAAUGACCAUAAUCUAUUGGUGAGAUAUAUUCAGAUUGGCAUUUGAUUUACCUUUUGGUUGUCCUCUUAAGACAUGCUUACUCAUCUAUUGUUAAGGUAAGCUAAAACGCGAGCGUCAAGACUUAUGUGUCAGAUUUCCACGUUUGUAUCAAUACCGUAUUGUCCUACAGCUAAAAAUCUAUUUUUGCAAGGAUCUCUUGUCUGCAUAACGUAUUGUCCUAAAGCAGAUUGUCCUGAAUAUAAUCUCUUUUUAAAGUUUAAAAUAUCAUAUGCGUACAACUCCACGUUGCAAUUGUUUGACCAGAGGGAUCGUCAUGUGUUAUAAUUCGAUCAACACAUAACUAUUACUCUACCAAUAUUAUGUUCCGAAUCCCGUCGUGACACGCGUUACUAUAAUGGUCUCUAUCGACCCCUUUGUUUCACCCUUCACCCAUCAUUAAGACAACUCGAAAAGUGCCACUGGUACAGGCAUGUUUGACAAGGAUUGCUUCUUGAAAGUAAAUUGUGCAGAGAGAAUAAUGUUACAAGUGUAUAAAAUUUAUAGCUAUUUAAUGUUGCAUGCAUAAGUUAUUAAGAUAUUAUUAUGACAAUAUAUGUUUAUCAUUUAGAGUUUAUUUACAGAGGAAGUAUUUUAUAUAGACCUGUUUUGUUGUACGAUAUGAGAGUAAGUGCUGCUGUGUGGUAGAUAUACUGGUUCUUGUGUUUGACAUCAUGUAUUGACCCUAUGACGAGUACGUUUUGUACGGCUGUAGCUGUUGUGUAUGGUUGAUAGGUGGCUUCCGUUUGCACGCGUUUCAUAAGCCAUGAAACGCAAAACAAAAAAGACAUUCUAAAGAAGUAUGGUUCCAUUAUAGAUGAGACAUAACGAAAAAUCUGAUAAUAAACCAUAAUUUUUCGAAACGCUUUCUGCCCAAACACUUAUGUUACAGGUCCUUGAACAUUUCUUCUAUUUCAUCUGGAGAUUUUAUUGAACUCAAUUUUAGCAAUGUCUGACAUUUGUAUUCUUAAAGUCAAUGAAAAUAUCCAAACACCUGUCGACCCAAAUGUUGGCAUGACAACGCACAUAUAGAUACUCCUCCAUCAAAUAAAGUUCCAAAAUGCCUGUAAUGACAAUUUGGUUGUUAUUUUUUAGAUAAAGAUAAAGAAUUUUUUGAGAAUUACACAUUUUCAUGUUAGCUGUGUUUUAUUUAUUAUAUUCAUAUAAUUAAAGAAAUCGUUUUCGAAAAUCAAUGGAAACGACAAACGCAGUUGAUGGAAUACAACAAAAAUAUAUGUUGUCUGUGUAUUCGGACAGUGGCGGCGAUGGUUUCGGGUCAACAAAUACUUCAAUGUUAUGAAUAUGGCUUAUUCCAUUAGAUAUUGCAUACGAAAGAAUGUAUCUAUAAUGUAUAUGUAACAACAUUAUGAUAAAUAGAUCGAUAGAUUAUCUAUAAUAAUAUAUGAUAAAUAACUCGAUAGAUUAUCUAUAAUAACAUGAUAAAUGGCUCGAUAGAUUAUCUAUAAAAACUUAUGGAAAUAACUCACUAAAUCCACUUCGAACAACUGCAAAUAACACAUAUACAACAGUGCUGCACCUGGUAACUACAAACUCUUGAAUAUGUUACUGCCAAACUCCAAAACAAGGAUUGCGUUGUAAAGAUAUAUGAUUUGAGAUGUUCAUUCAGAUAAUCGCUGACGUGACGUCGUUCCAAUAUGACGUCAUAAAUUGGCAUCGAUUGACAGAAAUCAAUUAAACUUUUCAAAUUUAAAAUACAUUUGUACAUCUUUUUCAUUCUACUUAUUUUUAGGUCAAUGCAUAAACAUGGGCUGUGCCUUUCAUUUAAUCAGUAGACAUCCUGAAGCAUUAUGGGUAUGUGACUUAUUGUUGGAUUACUUGCCUUACUGCCAUUUUUGUCCAUUAGGCUUACCUCCCAAAACACACAUACGCACUCACCACACGCAUGCAUGUCGCACGCACGGGAGGCCGUUCUUAAAUGACCUUAGCUGUUAAUAGGACGUUAAACAAAAUAAACCAAACCAAACCAAACCAAACUUAAGACUGUUGAAUUUUACAGCGAAAACCAGGGGAAAUCUGAACAGGCCGACUUCGAUGUUGUGCAGGUUACAAGUGGAAGCUUGGUCUGAAUCAGUAUUAUUACAUCAAAACUUAACAUAAACCAGUUUACGAAAAAUAUAAACAAAAACUAAAAAUAUGCGUCACUUCUCGUGAUCUGACGCUACAGUGUAUAGAAACGGAAAUGUUGAAAUCAUUACAUUUGUAACGUAGCUGAGUUUAACUGUUAUUUUAAUCAACAAGGUUUAUCUUGGACAUGUUAAUCCCGCUGUCAGUUUUGUGCGAGCUAACCUUGGUAUGUUAACCCAGAUUAUGAAAUCAAAUAACGGCUGUAGUGUUGAUCAUGCUAAAAUCUGCAUUUCCGUUAGCUUUAACUGGCGUUCAGUUUCAAAGUUCAUUGGACUUCUUUGUGAAAGGCGAUUUGUAACGAAUAGGCGUUUAGCUUAAUAGUUUGAAUAAAAUCUUCGAGUUCGAGUAACACUGUAUCUACGACAAUGGUUGCCAUAGUGACCACAUAAUGUAGUUAUUCCAAAGGAUAUAACCAGUUAAUGUACUCUUCGUCUUAAAGGCUCUUUAACGGGCCGUCAAACACUCGUAGUUGGUCGUCAGCGCCAAAUCGAUAUGUUGAUCAGUUUAGAGACGACCCUCCUUAAUCCAGAUACGUCAACUAUUUUAGUACUAACAAUGUAGCUGAUCAGUCGGGUUUACAGUAUAAUGAAAGAAAAGACUUUCAUGAGGUUGAAACUGACAUUCCUGUGUGUAAGCAAUGGGAAAACCCUCGUUUUUUUAAAUCAUAUCUUACAUAUUUUAACGUCAAAACGUUUAUUUUUCAUGUUGAUUAAUUAUUCGUGGAGUCCUUGGAUCCACUGUACGAAAGCAUGUUAAAGUGUUUCACCAUGCGCUAUUACGUGUGAGUGACUUGCAAGCUCACCACAAUAUAUCUAUACAUGUAGGUCAUAUGUGCUACUAUUUUGUAUGUAUGUGGAGUGGAUCCUGUGUAUCUCUUGAGUUCUAUGGUUGCCACGCUGUGUCAACUUUAUAAUAAACAAAUGAAAUGUCACUUAA